GGGUGGGGAGAAGGUGGGCCUCGAGCAAGCCCGCUAGAGGUGGGGUCUGGGUGGUUGGCCUCAGGCGCGCCCCAGGGCAUAGCCCGGGGCGGGAGGCGGGGCUUGGCGGCGGAGAUCUCGGCGCUGCAGUUAGCGCCGCUGAGCCCCAGGAGCUGCGGGUAGGAGGGGCGAGAGAAAGGAUGGGGGCACAGAACCGGAAGAAACGAAGGGCUCCUCCGCUUCAGCUUGUCCUAAUUUGGUGCCCAAUCUGAAGCUGGGCUGUACCAUUGCAUACCUGGGGGGAGGCUGUGGCAAAGGUAACAAGGCCGAAGGCACAAAGGGGAGCUGCUCCCAUUCCUGGAGAAGCUUAAGUAGUGACUCGAGUGCAAGAGUUUAAAGAUACCGGACAGCCCUAGGUGGAAAACUUCCGGAAGGGCCAAGCGUUCGCAAGGGCUCCCUAUCCCGCUCAGGGCAUAGAUGGUACCAUCCGGAAGUCCGGGCGGAGACAGCGGCUGCGCUUCUCGCGAAAGGGCAGGCAUCGCGGGGCUGGCCACUUCCGUACUUCCGCUUUCCGGCCCAGCCAGCGCCCGCGAUGACUGCCACUCUCCGCCCCUACCUGAGUGCCGUGCGGGCCACAUUGCAGGCUGCCCUCUGCCUGGAGAACUUCUCCUCCCAGGUUGUGGAACGACACAACAAGCCGGAAGUGGAAGUCAGGAGUAGCAAAGAGCUCCUGUUACAACCUGUGACCAUCAGCAGGAAUGAGAAGGAAAAGGUUCUGAUUGAGGGCUCCAUCAACUCUGUCCGGGUCAGCAUCGCUGUGAAACAGGGAUAUGAUAUCAGCUUUCUGAUCACCAAUUUCCACACAGAGCAGAUGUACAAACACAAGUUGGUGGACUUUGUGAUCCACUUCAUGGAGGAGAUUGACAAGGAGAUCAGUGAGAUGAAGCUGUCAGUCAAUGCCCGUGCCCGCAUUGUGGCUGAGGAGUUUCUUAAGAAUUUUUAAACUAUCUGGCUGGAUCUUGUGGCCUUCCCCCUCAGACUACCCAUGUCUCCACGAAGGCGUCCUGGAGUCACUUCCCAGAGCAGCGGCGGCAGCGGCGGCAGGGAGCUGGGUUGGGGUGGGCAUUUGAUGCGGGAGGUGGGUGAUGUGCUUGCUAGCUGGACAAGAAAGCAGCUGUGGACCUGCCCCAAGGCCACACAUGCCUGGUCAGGCUGGCUUCUGAUGUUCAGUGCCCUGGGCCGGGACAGAUUUUUUUUAACGUCUUGAAACUUAAACUCUGUGCUUGUAGGAUACUGUAACCUUUUUGUCUGGUUUUUUUUUUUUUUUUUUUUAAACCUCCACCUCCAGUGACUGUGACUGGUCCCAGUGAUUGUACCUUAUUGGUUGCUGUGGGUCUGGGCGGGCCUGGAGCCAGAAGGCGACUUUAUUUUUUCUCUCCUAUGCCACCCCAGGUGGGGAGGGAGGGAGGUUUCAGACUCUGGUUUCUCUCCCUUACCCUUUUAUUCCCAAGCCUCCUUGGCCCCAAUAUAAGUGGUGGGAACCCUCUGCCAGCUUCCUGAGUUCUGCCUGAAGAUGGCCCCCCAGCACUGGUUGGGGACAGGGGCCAAAUUGGUGACCACCAGUCAUGCCUAGGACCUGGGGCCCAAAAGCCAGGCAACCCCUGACUACAGGGGCCACUGGGUACCCUCCUAGUUGAGAGGGGCCGCUGUUUCGCCUUGUCCGUCAGUGCCAGUGCCUGUGCCAGAGGUUGCGAGGUGAGUCCUCCAGAGCUUCCCAGCCGGGCCCUCCUCCUGCCUGUUCUGGCUUGUCUGCUCCCACGCUAGCUGUCCCUUUUCUGAUUCUGGUGGAUCCUCCCUCCCCUAAUUAAAGUCUCUUUUUGCCCCUUUGGGGCUGCAUGAGGUC